AUGGGAACAGUUAACCAGACAUGGGUGAGUUCAUUCAUUCUCCUGGGCCUGUCUAGAGACUGGAGGACUCAAGUGUUUCUGUUUGCCCUAUUCCUGGCAAUGUACCUAGUGACUGUGCUUGGGAAUAUCCUUAUCAUCAUUCUGAUCCGUCUUGAUAACCACCUCCACACACCUAUGUAUUUCUUCCUCACUCAUCUCUCUCUUGUGGAUGUCUCUUAUGCUACUACCAUUGUCCCCCAGUUGUUGGUUCACUUCCUGGAAAAGGAGAAAUUAAUUCCAUAUCUGAGCUGUGCAGCUCAGUUAUUUUUCUCUCUGGGUUUAGGUGGGAUUGAGUUUGUUUUGCUGGCAACAAUGGCUUAUGACCGCUAUGUGGCAGUCUGCAACCCUCUGCGCUAUUCAGCCAUCAUGCAUGAUGGGUUGUGUGUCAGGCUGGUGACUGCCUCCUGGCUUGGUGGCUCUCUGAACUCUCUCAUGCAAACUGCCAUUACUUUCCAUCUUCCCAUGUGUACAAAUCACAUCAUUGACCACAUCUCAUGUGAACUCUUAGCUGUAGUCAGAUUGGCCUGUGUGGACACAUCCUCCAAUGAGGUUGCAAUUAUGGCCUCUAGCAUCAUCCUGCUCAUGACCCCAUUCUUGCUGGUUCUGCUCUCCUAUAUCAAGAUUAUCUCAACUAUCCUGAAGAUUCAAUCCACAGAGGGAAGAAAGAAAGCCUUCCAGACUUGUGCCUCCCACCUGACAGUGGUGGCUUUGUGCUAUGGAAUGGCCAUUUUCACUUACAUUCAGCCCCACUCAACCCCCAAUAUCCUUCAGGAGAAGAUGAUUUCACUGUUCUAUGCCUUAUUAACACCCAUGUUGAACCCUGUGAUUUACAGUGUGAGGAAUAAGGAAGUAAAGGGAGCCUGGCAGAAACUUCUAGGGGAAUUCUUUGAAUUAAAGACAAAGCUGACAUCUUCAUGA